CCCAUUAUGACCCCAAGACCAGGUUCAUGCGUGACGAUCCUCUUCCUGAGGCAGAUCCAAAUGAAAAGUUUUACUUGGGAGAUAACCAAUAUAGAAAUAGUGGUCAGGCUUUGGAAUUCAAAGUCUCAAACAUCCAUGCUUGGGAAGCAUUUGACAAGGGACAAGAUGUUCACAUGCAAGCAGCUCCUACCCAAGUUGAAUUGCUCUACAAGAAUUUCAUGAGUGAGAAGCAAGUUGAGUAUGACCGUGCUGGUAGAAUUAUUAAGGGACAGGCAAGAAUUUUAGGUCUGAAUGCUUCAUACUAUCUUAAAGCUGGAGGCCAAUUACGUUGA